AUGUUAAAAUUCAUUUUGAUGGGGUCUUGUAUAACGCUAUUUUUUAGUAACUGAGGGGUGGCAGUUACAUUGCUUUUUUUUAUAGCUUUUGUUUUUGGAGUGGGGAUAAGCGGGUUUGGAUUAGGCCUAGUUAAUCUCAUUCAGGUUGAUUUAAUAUCUUACUUUCUAAGAUACUUAUCUAUUUGAAUUCUAGCCAUGAUGAUCAUAAUAAGCUUUUAUGUCAAAGAUCACAAGAGUUUCCCAGAAGUCUUUUUAGGGUUGGGAGUGGGAAUACUAAUUUUUCUAUUAGUGAGCUUCGGAACUUCAGAUCUUUUGAUAUAUUAUAUUGCUUUUGAGACUACUCUAAUUCCUAUUUUUUUACUAGUUAUGGGUUGGGGGUACCAACCCGAACGUAUCUCUGCUUCUUACUUCCUUUUAUUUUACACCCUUGCUGCCUCCCUGCCCUUACUUUUGGGUAUCCUCUGAGUUAACUUUACGGACUGCAGUCUUGACUACUUUUUUUUAGGGCAGGGGGCCCAAUUUUCUAAUCCUAUCUUAUUUUGAUUAAUACUGUUGGCGUUUCUAGUCAAGCUUCCCGUAUAUUUUGGACAUUUGUGACUUCCUAAGGCCCAUGUUGAGGCCCCAGUUGCAGGGUCUAUAAUUCUAGCGGGGGUUUUAUUAAAGUUAGGGGGGUACGGAAUAGUUCGAGUUGUCCCUUACAUCGAAUUAAGUCUUAGUGAGUUUUCUAGUUUUCUUAUGAGAGUUAGACUUGUGGGAGGGGUGACUGCCUCUGUUAUUUGCAUCCGCCAAACUGACUGUAAAUCGUUAGUAGCUUACUCUUCAGUAGCUCAUAUAGCUUUAGUUCUUUUAGGGGUGGUUAUUAACUCUUCUGUUGGAUUGGCGGGUGUAGUAACGAUUAUAAUUAGUCACGGCCUCUGUUCUUCGGGGCUAUUCAGAUUAGUCGGGAUAAUCUACGAGCGUAUGGGGACUCGAAGAAUUAUUUUAAUUCGUAGUUUAAUUACUUUAGCCCCUCUCUCUACUUUGUGGUGGUUUCUUUUUGCUAUUAGUAAUAUAGCUGCCCCCCCAUCACCCAAUCUCUUGGGUGAGAUUUACUUAUUUAUCUCGUCGAUUGGGUGAUGGGGGGGCAGCUCCCUCCUCGUGGGGGGGCUUUCUUUUAUAGCAGGGGCCUAUAACUUGUUUUUAUUUGUGUCUACCCAACAUGGAACAGACAGCUUCUUAUCGAAUAGAAUGGGGGACUGUUCUUUUCGUGAGCAUCUGGUGUUAUUCUUACACAUGGCACCAUUUAUUCUUCUUUUUCCUGUUCUAUCCCAUCUUUUUCUGU